UUUUUCGGGAAUAUUUGGUGUAUCGAGGGUUUCUCCCGCGGAAAAAUAGGAGUUCGUGAUGAAUUUUUAGGGUAAUCUACGUGAUCCGCUGAAUUCCCUUGAAAUCAGCCGGAGUUCGCGUCCCCGGUAGUUUCAUGGUGAAUAUCGUCCGGAUAAGUUCGCUUCGGCGCCGGAUUCGUCUUUUCGCCUCGAAUCAAUUGGACAUGCAUCCUUUCUAGGCGGCGCCUAUCCGCUUUUCCGGCGGGAAUCCUAAAGUUUCCCCCCCGAAUUGCGGUUUCCGGGUCUGAACCGACAUGGAGUACCGCCCGCUCGACUUGACGGUGAUCUCUGCGAAGGACAUCAAGGACGUUAACCUCGUCGGCAAAAUGGACGUCUACGCGGUGGCGUGGUUGAGCAACGACCCAAGGCAGAAGCAGAAGACCAACGUCAGCCGUGACGGCGGCAAGAACCCGUCGUGGAAUUUCACCGUCCGGUUCAACAUCGACGAGUCGGCCGCACGGAACGGCGGCCUCAUCAUCCACAUCCUUCUCCGGUGCGAGAAGGCCCUCGGCGACAAGGACGUCGGCGAGGUUGCCGUUCCGGUCAAGGAGCUCCUCGAGAGUGUCGACUCCAAAACCGCUCAAUUCGUCAGCUACCAGGUCCGCACCCCGAACCGCAAGCCCAAGGGCACCCUCAACCUUUCCUAUAAAUUCGGCGAACGGAUUGCCGCUCCGUCGGCACCCUAUCAAGCGCCGCCGGUAGCGCACUCGGCUUCGUUCGAGAAAUCAGACGUCGCAGCCUAUCCGCCCACAGCGGUGCCGUACAUGGCGCCAGGAGCUUAUCCACCUGGCCAAGCAUACCCACCUCCACCUAUGGGGUACCCACCACCGCCACCUGGAGCCUACCCACCACCGCCACCUGGAGCGUACCCUCCACAGCCAGCGGGUGCCUACCCGCCGCCGCCACCCGGAGCCUAUCCGCCACCGCCUCCGCAGGGGGGCUACCCACCGCCCUACGGCUACCCGCCACCUCCUCAGCCUUACGGCUACCCUCCGAUGGCGCAACCGCAGCAGCCGCAGAAGAAGAACAAGUUCGGUUUGGGUCUGGGCGCGGGUCUGCUGGGCGGAGCGCUCGGCGGGCUGCUCAUCGGCGACAUGAUCUCCGACGCCGCGGAGUCAAGCUACGACGGCGGGUUUGAUGGCGGGUUUGAUGGCGGGUUUGACUUCUGAUCUCGGUCAAUGUGGCCUCGGGUCCCUUCUUCGUCUUUUUUCUUUUUGACUUGCUUGGUUGGUGUACAUAGGGGAGGGAUUGGGCUUUGGUGGCUGGUGAUGCGAAAUGGAUUAUCUUCGAUCUUCCGAUCCUUGUGUGAAUCUUCUGGACCUCGUUGUUGCUUGAGCUUUAAAUUAGUGCACUUCUAUUU